AUGGAAAAUGUAAUCAAGAAAUUCAUUCUAGAGGAAAGUCUUACAAGCUCCGAGGGACAUCUUUACAUAGGCAAGGUUGAAGGCCAAAAGGCUAUAUUGAUAUUUCCAAAUCAACCCGUUCCACAAGACACCUUUUCCCAGUUCCUAUCUCUUCCAAUGGAAAGAAUUCAGUCAAACGAUGUGUACUAUACCUAUAAAGUCUUAGGGAAUAUGCCCAUCAGUUUUAGACUCAUAUAUCCGGCAACAGAAGAGCACAUCAGGAAAUACUCUUCGAGUCCCAUUUACAUCAGAGAAACUUACGAGGAAUACUUGGAUUUUCUAAAAAACUACGGCCACAUAAGUACUAGUUGGAUGGAUAAUAUCAUCGAUCCAAGUAAAAGAAAUGUAAAUGAGGAAAUCUUGUAUGAGGACCAAGAGAUAAUGAUUAUUCCAGACUAUAAGUGGAAUAAGCAAUUGAUAGACCAUCUCCACCUUUUGGUGAUAUUCAAAGAUCCUGCCCUCAAAACAAUAAGAGACAUAAAUUCUCACAAUCUUCUGAUAAGAGCCCAGGAAAACGCAAACACCAUCUUGGCAACAAAGUUUGCUUUGGAUCCUAAGCAUGUAUUUAUGUUCUUCCACUAUAGGCCAACAUAUCUUAGACUUCACAUUCAUAUCAUAAAUAUAAAAAUAGCUCAUGAGGGAACGGUUUCCUCCAUAAGGGCCAUCCCAUUACACGAUGUCAUCCACAACCUGCAUAUGAAUUCGAACUAUUACAAGAAAGAUAUGUUUGUAUUGUUGAAAGAAGCUAAUUAA